AUGUUGCCAGGGAAGAGCAUGUCCUGUGCUCCACACAGUCUGUGGGUUGGGGGCUUCAGGGGGCACCAGGCUGGGGUGGUAGCAGGGCUGGCACAGGGCAGUGUCACUGCAAAGCUCAUGGGCCAUCUCUCCCUCCAGCUGGACCCACAGGCCGUGCAGACGAAGAACUGGCACAUGGAUGUGAUUGAGAUGAACGGGAUCAAGGUGGAGUUCUCCAUGAAGUUCACGAGCAGAGAUAUGAGCCUGAAGAGGACUCCUUCCAAAAAGCAGACCGGUGUCUUCGGGGUCAAAAUCAGUGUUGUGACAAAGCGCGAGCGCUCCAAGGUGCCUUACAUUGUGCGCCAGUGCAUCGAGGAGGUGGAGAAGAGGGGCAUCGAAGAGGUCGGGAUCUACAGGAUCUCUGGCGUUGCCACUGACAUCCAGGCGUUGAAAGCUGUCUUUGAUGCAAAUAACAAGGACAUCCUGGUGAUGCUGAGUGACAUGGACAUCAACGCCAUCGCCGGCACGCUGAAGCUGUAUUUCCGUGAGCUGCCCGAGCCCCUCCUCACUGACAGACUCUACCCUGCCUUCAUGGAGGGGAUAGCCCUCUCGGAUCCUGCUGCCAAGGAGAACUGCAUGAUGCACCUUCUUCGCUCGCUGCCUGACCCCAACCUCAUCACUUUCCUCUUCCUGCUGGAGCACUUGAAAAGGGUAGCUGAGAAGGAGCCCAUCAACAAAAUGUCUCUCCACAACCUGGCCACGGUCUUUGGGCCGACACUGCUGCGACCCUCCGAGGGGGAAAGCAAGGGACACCUCACCCUGGCCUCUGACAUCUGGUCCCACGAUGUGAUGGCCCAGGUCCAGGUCCUUCUCUACUACCUGCAGCAUCCUCCCAUCUCCUUCACGGAGCUGAAACGCAACACACUUUACUUCUCCACGGACGUGUAGCCUGCGGGGAGAAGGCACCAGCUGCAAACACUCCCAGCUCCCUGCUGGGGGACACAGACUGGAUCGCAGCCCCCCAGGGAGACCGGCCCAGACCCAGGACCGUGCCGCCUGCAGCUCCUGUACAAUCGCGUACCAGUGGCCCGGUCCCACCCCAGGCGCCAUGCCUCUCUGUAAAGUAGUCGUGUCUUAUGUC